UCGGAUAUCUAUGGGAAAGUACGUUCAAUAUUACUGCCAGGGACCACAGCAGCCGUAGAAAUGUAUAAACACGCUAACAGAAGAAAACCUAAAUCUCCAUAACAUUAUACUGUUUUUUUGGACGCUAAUAUGUCGGUUAAGCCGCAAGAGGAGGACGCUCUGGAGGAGAGAAGCGCCUUCUUCAUCGGUGCUGACUCGGACAUCUCGGAAGAGGAGGACCACCAUGAACUUAUACUUCAGAAGGCUAACGCUCUAGCGUCCGAAAACUGCCUUAGAGAAGCCAUUGACUGGUUUUCAGCUGCUAUGCGAUAUAGUCCUGUGCGGCCCGAACAACUGAGCACUUUCGUGGACUGUAUUCUGCACAACUUUAAGAGGAAAGCGACCGGGCCGGACGCGUUGUCGGGCCGGAGCCGGGAUGCGGAGGAGAGCUCCAGGGAGGACGCGUUGGACUGUCCUAACUGUCAUUGCUUUCUAGGUGAACCCGUGACCGUAGCCUGUGGACAUUCAUAUUGUAAACGAUGCUUACAUCGACGGCUGCUCUCCAAAUGUAAACUGUGUAGUGAACACGUGAGGGGUGAGGAGAAAGUGAACGUGAUUUUGUGCGGACUUCUAAGUAAAUGGUUCCCGGAGGAGGUGAAAAAAUCGAAAAAAAUAACGGAAGUGGACGCACUGUGCAGAAGAAAACGCUUUCGAGAAGCUGUGGAACUAGCGACCGGUGUUAUUCAGUCAGAUCCAGACACGACGGCAGUGGCGCGACUGUCUCGAGCGGAGGCGUACGUGGGUCUUAAACAGUACCGGCAGGCUUUGGAGGACACUGAGUUUUGUCCCCAGUCCAGCUGUUCUGCUGAAGCUUUAUUUAGGAAAGCUGUGGUGCUGCAUGAGAUGGGCCAAGUGGAUGAGUCUCUCCAAGUCUUCCUCCACUGCCUGGCUGUUGAUGAGGACUUUCCUUGUGCUAAAAGACAAGUGGAAAAGAUCUUGUGCGACCUACUCUCCCCCGGUGGUGAGAAUGUGAAAGUUGGCCUGAGGGAAACGACACAGAACGCAUUGCCUCACUUGCGCAGUAAAACCCUGGUGGCAGAUGCCCAAGCUCAGCUACAGAGGCCAGUUCAAAGGCAACAGCAGCAGCAAGUCCGUGCUGCCUCUGCGCACCAUCUGGAAAACCAGGAGAAACGCUGGGAAAGUUUGGAGCGCCCUGGUCUGAGCCGAGCUCAUUCGCUACGAUCACAUAGCUCUAAUUCUGGUGAGGAGGGGCUUAAAAGAGUUUGGUCUGCUCCUCAGCUGGGGGACCAGGACAAGGGAAGUCUCCUGAAGAGGAAGUUGUCAGUGUCAGACGUAGAAUCCCGUGUAGUCGACAGUGGAAGUAGCAAGCAUAAAAAACAAGGUGUGGCAAAAGGCUCCAAACAAAGAACCACCAAACCUAAAACGAGAACAGUUCCUGAGGAUCUGCUGGACCCCAGUGACCUGGAGUGUUCUCUCUGCAUGAGAUUGUUUUAUGAGCCUGUAACCACACCAUGUGGCCACACCUUCUGUAAAAACUGCCUGGAACGCUGCUUGGAUCAUAUGCCCCAGUGUCCCCUCUGUAAAGAGAGUCUCAAAGAGUAUCUGGCAUGUAGGAAAUUCAAGGUGACAAUAGUCUUGGACAUGCUGAUCAAACAGUAUUUGUGUCAGGAGUAUGGAGACAGGGCUAAAACUCAUCAGGAGGAGACCAGAGAGCUUUCAGACUUGACAAAGAAUGUGCCUAUCUUUGUGUGUACCAUGGCGUACCCCACCGUGCCUUGUCCCCUCCAUGUGUUUGAGCCACGCUACCGCCUCAUGAUUCGCCGCUGCAUGGACACAGGCACCCAGCAGUUUGGGAUGUGUAUUAGUGACCCACAGAAAGGGUUUGCAGAUUAUGGCUGUAUGUUGAUCAUCAGGAGUGUACAUUUCCUCCCUGAUGGACGUUCAGUGGUGGACACCAUCGGAGGAAAACGCUUCCGGGUCCUUUCCCGAGGAAUGAAGGACGGUUAUAGUACUGCAGACAUUGAGCACUUGGAGGAUAGCAGAGUGGAAGAUGGUGAAGAGCUAGCAAGACUACAAGAGCUGCACGAUGCAGUGUAUGAGCAGGCCCGAGACUGGUUCCAGAACCUCAAGAUCCGCUUCCACAACCAAAUCCUGCAGCACUUUGGACCAAUGCCAGAACGAGAAGCUGACAUCCAGGCGACUCCGAAUGGUCCGGCCUGCUGCUGGUGGCUGCUGGCUGUUCUGCCUAUCGACCCUCGCUACCAGCUCUCUGUCCUCUCCAUGACCAGCCUCAGAGAACGCCUGGUGAAGAUCCAGCACAUCCUCACAUAUCUGCAGAGCAUCCCCAACAACUAGAGGUUCCUUACAACAAACAUCCUUUGGACUUUGAAGUGACAUUACAGAAGAACCCUUCUUUCAGCAUCUCGCCUGCUUUUGUUUCUACUGCCAGUUCAUCCCAUCAGUUUUAACAGCUAAAAGAUCCCCCACCCCCACCCCAGGAUACAGCUCUGUGUGUAAAACCCACACAAGAUCAGUGCAAAGCUGUCAAUCACUCAAACAUAUAUGGCCAAACCACCUCAGGGAUACUUUGAGUGAAACAUUUGAUGUUUGCGAUUAUGAAAAAUUAUCUAAGAAAAAAGAAGAUGGCAGCCAUUCUCAUCUGCUUUAUUCUCAAUUUCCAGAAAUACUUCCUGAAUGAUUGCAGAGAAAUUACAAGAGAAGUUAGUGUGGCACAUGGAUAAUAUUUCCUUGUUGUUGCUACUGAAUGACAGAGUAUCCAACAAUCACUAUUUUACAAUAAGCAGAACUGAGGUGAAAAGUUUGUUUUGCUGUGUCAUGUCUGAUGUAUGGAAGCUUGUUUCUGCCAACGGGAAAAUAAAUAAAUGCCAGGCAGAGCUGGCAGGUUUAGGUACCUCAAAAUUUUGACUCAUUGACUGAAACUUCUGAGCAAGUCUAAAUUUUGAGACAAUAACCCCAAAUAAACAUUUUUUUUUUUUCAGCAGUGGAACAAACCUUCCAUACUGAGGAGACCAGUGAAAGGCUUUUUUUUUUUCCUGGUUUUGUUUCUAGGCUGUAAGAUUUCUGUUUAUCUGGAGGAGAGAUGGAGUGAUUCUGUGAAACAAAAUCCUAAAUGCUGAAAGUCCAGAACAGCAAAUGCAAGAUAGUUUAAAGGAACAGCUGUGAAGUGAUGUGCGCACAGACCAACUAAAGGCUGGCGUACACGUACCAAACACUGAUGAAAGUAUUACACUUUUCUUACAUGUGCAACUUCCAGUUCUGCCUGUGAAGAGCAGGAUAGAACUUGUUUAAAGAACAGGUUUUUGAAAUUUUGAGUUUCUUCCAGCUUCUCAUGCACUUUGUUCCUCCGAACCCGAGUUUAGGAGGAACACAUGGCCCGGGAGUCUAAUUUUGUUCCUAAUCAUUUCUUCCUUUGGCAGCCUCUGUUUUGGCCCUGCCUUCUCUUUUCUAGUUGGCUCAGGUUCCUUUUCUGGGAAUCUGAAUGCCUAAUCUCCUUCUUCCACAUGUUUGUCAUGGACCAUGCGAUUCUUCUGGAGUGUGCACUGCUGCAGUGAAUGUGUUCAGCUCUUUUAAGUACUUGUAGUCUCUUCUUUAAACCAAAAAUCCAGCUUCCCAUUGAGUUAAGUGAAACUGAAUUAAUUUAUAAUUAAAUAUUUGUACAUUGUAACCGCAAGUUGUUAGGAAUCCUAAAGGGGUCUUGCAAUAUUAUGACAAAUCAAAAGCAGUAAAAACAGCAUGCACACAGCAAAUGGGUUAGCAUUAUUCUUCAUUAAAAGCUGCUUGGAGGCGAGAGGACGGUACCUGCAGUGCUUCAGUCAGGGCACUGCGUAUGCCUUACACCAUUUUGCAUUGUGAGUUUAAUAAUGCAGUGUUUUGGCUUUGGUUACCAUUCCCUGUUUUUUGCCAUAGCAUGAAUACUACUUUAAUUGUGUAUCUUUUUUUGUUUGUUUGUUUUCUGAGAUAGUUUGAGCUACUGGGUGUUCAUAAUAUCUAAGAAAGCUGGGGAAAACAUGAGUUGAAUUGUAUGUAAACCAUUUGUACAAAGGCUUUUUGGACAGUUUUUGCUCAGAUGUUUUAAGUUAUCAAUUUUCAAUAUUAAAUGCAUUUUUUUUUCAA